CCCGUUGUUGGUAUCGAGGGCGUGGGAGUAAGACAGGCAGUGAGGUACUGGUAGCGAUAGACAUGGACCUGAGGCCUUGCUGCCCUUCCUCCACGCCGGCUUCAACAUGAUAUCGUGUUACAACCACCUCACGAAAACCCGACGGCCACGGAACGGGACGGGUGCAUGGGACUACUGCACCGGGUCCCAGCUUUGCAUUCGCGGGCAUCCAGUCAGCUCCAUCUCGCCAAAAAGUGCACCUGCGCCACUUUCCCGGCGCUGCCUGCCGAGACUCACGAAGCGGAGGUCUUUCAAUCUGUGAGGUUGGGAUUGAGGUGUGCCAAUGCAUUGCUCGCCAAGGCAGGGGUCUUGAUGAUUCAUCCAAGUUGCAACUUUGGCUCCCAAUCAAUCACUGUCAGUCGUUCCCCAGCCUGGUGCGGCAUCCGUUUGAGGAGUUGCCGGAGUGGGUGGAUAGCUUUCUCUGUCUACUCUCUGCCAUGCAGAGUCCCAUCUUCGGUCCGAAGAAAAACUCUCCUUGGCUCAACUUGCGGCGCUUUUGGCAUACCCUUGACUGAUCCUCGCUUCUCUUCUGCUAUUGCGUUGCCAUUUCGAGAGAGUGGCAGCUUGAACCGGCAGCGUCAGGAAUAUCAGCGAGCACAAUGCUCCUGUGGCACAAAUCCCGCGUACCGGGUUUGGUCAGCCGAUGCAAUCUCGAUCGAGCGGGAGACGCCGAGAGAUCGACGGCUCAGCUUACGAGGGCAUGAGGGCAGUUACCAGAAACCCGGUCGGAUCAAUGAGAAGACCGCAUAGUACCUGUCGUUUGCUCACUUGCUGUGGGUGAUUGGGUAACUAAUUUCGGUUCCCGCCGGUCUUUUGCUUGAUGGCUGCAUGUAGUCCUGUCUGGUCACAAGCGGCUGUUGCACCGGGUCGAUUUGUGACGGCAGCCGACGAGGCUGGUCCCUAGACCUGCUCCCACAUGGCAGAAAGAACACACCCACCCAC